AUGAAGUUUCUUGUACUCAUCCUUUCUCUGGCGGUAGCCGCCCACGCCUACGAAAGGCUAAUGUCCUUUGGCAACAAGAAGUACGGAAGGAUGAAGAUGAUUCAGAUGCUCGAGGCCAUUGCGCCAGAACAUGAACGCAAAUGGUGCGCCAAUUCGACUCUGAAUGACGUUGAGGACAAAUAUUUGACUCAGCCCUUCGACCACUUCAACAAGGAUGACGGCCGAACUUGGGAGAAUGUAAGAGAUCCUGUCAAAUUUUUAGGGAGACUAAGGAUUUGCCCACAUGUUUAAAAAUGUGUUUUUAGCACUAUCAAGUGCAAGAGCGCUACUUCAACAAGUCGGACCCCAACCAACCAGAGCAUAUCUUCUUGAUGAUUGGUGGAGAAGGAACUUCUUCUCCGUUGUUCGUCUGUCUUGACGAUGUGGCCAUUAUGAACCUUGCCAGAGAACACAAGGCGUUGGUAAUUGGCUCAGAACACAGAUUCUUCGGUCCUAACACGGGAAUUAAGUGAGUUUCGAGAAGAAUAUUGAUCAUAGUGUCUCAAUGGGGGGUUGUAUGAAGAUAACUUUCAAUAACCGGCAGGGAGACCUGCGUCAUCUUCACAGCCUGUCACCAUUAUUUUUAGCUCGUCAUCAACGGCAAAUUUGAAGUAUUUGACGACUGAACAGGCGCUUGAAGAUUUGGCAAAGCUGAUCGACCAUGUCAACGCUGAAUACAAAUUCAAGAACCCCAAAUGGGUUGCUUUUGGAGGUUCUUAUCCAGGUAGGUGAUUUCCGAAAUACCAAAAAUAUCCUAUUAUGAUACGAGAAUAUCAGUCUGUCGGGAAAAUAAUGAGCGUAACUCGCUGCGCUGGUCGUGUCGCUGAGGUGAAAAGCGAUAUAAUUUUGUCGCGACACAGUUCAUUUUCUCUGCGGUGAUGCGAUUUUUGAUGCGACAGAGCGCUCAUUAUUUUCCCGACAGACUGAUAAUCAAGCCAAAAAAAGUACGAAAAUUUCACGGACUAUUUUCAGGUACUAUGGCGGCUCUCUUCCGUAUCACUCACCCUCACAAAACCUUGGGAAAUGUUGCCAGUUCAGCUCCACUCUUCCCUAAAGUCGACUUCUACGGUAGGUCAAACAUGUCUUGCAUUAAUGCCAAAUUCUCUUCAGAAUACGCCCAAGUUAUGGAGAAAGCCUACAACGAAACCGCCGAGGGCUGUUUGGACAACAUUGCGAAGGCUUUCAAAGAGCUGGAAGUCAGCGGUCAUUCCGUUGAAGGCCGUCGAAACUUGCAAACGGCAUUUGAGUAAGGCUUGAUAAUUUAAUGUCAUUUUUAUUAAUAGCCAGUAUUUCCAUUGGCAUAUUUAGCUAUAUGUAAUAUGAACCAUGUAACUCCCUGGUUUUCAGGAUUAACGCAACCUUGUUUGACCCCGUCAAGGCUACCAAAAACGACAUCUACACCAUCAAUUUGGCUAUUUUUGAUGCCUUCCAAGGAAUCGUUCAAUAUACCUUCGAUGGAAUGGUAGGAUACCUUUAUACGGCCUAGUUACAUACUUUUUUAGCGCCCAGAAAGAGAGACUGGAGGAAAUCACACAGUGACAUUUGUAUGCGAAAUCAUGGCCGACAAAAAGCUGUCGAAUUUGAAAAAACUGUUCAAAGUUUUCAACUUGGCCCAUGAAUUGGAACAAAAACCGCAAAAAAUGUACUCCUCUUACAGCGAGUUUAUUGAUCCCUUCAAGGACGAGAGCCUCGAAGCCGGUGAGCAUAUUUUACAUAGUAAAAGAUUCGAUAAUUUUGUGAUAUUUUGUCAUACAUUGUCAAAUCUUUGUGACAUUUUGUCAAAACUUUCCUUCAUGACUCUUUUAAAAAUGUCAUUUCAGAUGGAGCUGAUAUGCGAGGAUGGAUGUGGCUAAGCUGUUAUCAAUGGGGCUGGCUUCAGUCUACGACCGGAAGCAAGACUUUUGGCGAUACUGUUCCAAUCAAGUAGGCACACCACAUUUUUUACUACAUAAAAAAUCAAAAAUCAGGGUUCUAUAGAACCUCCUUUUCCUUUUCCUUCUAUUUUAAUUUAUUAAUAUCUUAGCUACUACUAUGAGCAAUGCAAGGACUUGUUCGGCGAAGAGAUCAGCGCAAAUUUGGUGGAUGCUCGUAUUCGCGACAACUUGAAGACAUACGGAUAUCCGGAGAACUUCAACGCAACCAAUGUGGUUCUGCCCAACGGUGAUUUCGAUCCAUGGAAUGUGCUGUCGAGCUUUGUCAACAGAACCGAAACCCACACCAUCUCCGUUGUUACUCAUGGUAAGUUUUAUUAUUUAGCCUCUUGUAAAGCAACAUACCUUUCAAAUAGCCUAUAAAGAGAUGAUUUAAAUACCUUAAAAUCACUUAUAGCCGCCGCCCACUGCCAUGAUAUGUAUCCUCCCUACGAAGGAGAGCCAGAAGGACUAAAUGCAACUCGCGCUGUAAUCGCCGAGGAAGUAAAAUACUACCUCACACUUGGAAAAUCAGCUUUGUCCGUGGUCAGCUCCACGAUGACUAUUUUGCUCGCUUAUCUUGUUACUAGACUCGUUUAG